UCAGGGUUAACGUCAAGAGAUGUCAACUCCCCCUCUCGCUGGGGCAGGCAUGCCGCCUGGUGCUUUCUCAGGGACACAGGCUCAAGCAGCUAGGGAGGUAAAUACAGCUUCUCUCUGUCGAAUUGGCCAAGAAACUGUGCAGGACAUUGUGUUUCGAACCAUGGAAAUCUUCCAGUUACUGAGGAACAUGCAGUUACCAAAUGGUGUUACUUACCAUACUGGAACAUAUCAAGACAGACUGGGAAAGCUGCAGGAACAUCUCCGUCAGCUAUCGAUACUCUUCAGAAAACUGAGACUAGUCUAUGACAAAUGCAAUGAAAACUGUGCUGGGCUCGAUCCUGUUCCCAUAGAACAACUUAUUCCAUAUGUUGAAGAAGAUGGCUCCAAGCACGAUGAUCGUGGUGCUGCAAGCCAGCUUCGUUUUGCUAGUGAAGAGAGAAGGGAAAUCAUGGAAGUAAAUAAGAUGCUUUGAAAACAAAUGAAAUCCAGUUUGAAGGUUCCCUUGUCUAGCAUCAAGUGAAGAUCAAGCAAUUUACAGUUUCAUAACACUUGCACAAGAAAUGAAAACAGUCUUACAGAAUGAGUCUUUUGGGCAUAACUUACGUAAAGUUCACAUGAGCAUACCUAUGUAACAGUAUUUAACAGUACAAUGAGACAUGGAUGGAGAGAGAACACAAUCUGCAUAUCAGAGGUUAAUGGUUCUUCUUUCUAUCUGUGACUUGAAUAACCAUCACUGACUGUUCAGCCUUCAUUUCUAUUGAUGAAGGCUUUGAAAAAUCAUGAAAUGGCAUGCCCUCAAUAUCAGUGAGUGACAGCUUGCAUUAAACUAGUAGUUCUGAUGUAACAUUCAUUGAUUGUUUUAAGAUUGAAUGUUGAGGAUGGCAAACAAAUACAUUUAAAAACGCCACAGGUAUGAACAUGCUUGUUUAUCUCAUCCCUCUUGUGCUUUCUCAAGCAUCAAGAUCUUACAUUAUGAGCUUUUGUAGGGAGAGACUUGCAAUUCUGUCAUUUGGAUGCUGUGGUAACUACAUGCUUCUCAGUUUUCUCUCGUCUUUAGGAGUUGGAUAUCUGCUGUAUGUUGUGAAGUCUUGGAUUAGCAAAUGGAAAAGGAAGUGUUAGAUAAAUGCACAUAGUUAUCUUUUAAAAUACUUUUUAGUCUGUCAAAUGCUUUAUUAGAAAUUCUGAGUUAGUGCGCGUGAACUAUCCUACAUCUGUUUUUACACCCUUCUCAGGAGUCUGGAAUUGAGUGUUGUCUCUGCUUCCAGGGAAUGUGUCCACCAAAGUCUGUGUUCAGGAAUAUUUCCCUUACUCAAAGUACUAUGUUCCCCAUGUAAUCUAAGGCUAAUUACCAUAUUACUUCAGACCAUUUUUACAGGUCUCAAUUGAAUAGACUUCCUUUUUUUUUCUGGACUUCUUUCGCAGCUGACCAGCUGGGCAACUUAAAAAUAUUGGUGUGUUGCCCGCAUCAAAAUUCAGGAGACUGAUUUCAGGAUUUUGCUUCUUUUGUUGCUUCCUUUUAUCACUAUUCCAGUUACUUUGGUCGUGUUACUGAUUUGAGUCACCCUUUUAAUGUAUCGCCAUUUGUGCAGUGCAAAUAACAAAGUUAGUCAAACAUGAAACAUUUUGAAUAGUUUGUCCUCUUUUGAUCGUAGCAAGUCUUUCCUGUGCUUUCACUUUACUUGGAACUGUGGACUUCCCUAAUGAAUAAGUAGUUUGAUUUCUAAUGUAAGAAGGCUGACAUCUGACAUCAAAUCAGAAUGAAAUGAAGGACAUAGGUUGUUGUUAACAAUAGACAGUUACUUAGUUCUUGACAGCUUUGAUUUGAGCAGGAAAAUGAAUAAAUCAGACAAUAAAUAUGUGUAUUAUUGUGAAAUAUGAAAGGUUAGGGGGAUUGUGCGGUGUC